AGGGUGGAAUCUUGCGGCGCCCAAUCAGGAGGGGCCGACCCCUGACAUCAUCGUCCAGGCCAAAGGAGCUGUUCCCCCAACAACAACAACAGCUGCCGCGAUGUCGCAGGACGAGAACCUGCAGGGAUCCUGGGUGGAACUGCACUUCAGCAGCAAUGGCAAUGGCAAUGGCAAUGGUAACACUAUCCAACCAACCACUCAAGAGCAAAUACCAGCCUCUCUUUCUAUUUACAAUGGUGACAUGGAGAAAAUUCUCCUAGAUGCCCAGCAUGAAUCUGGAAGGAGCAGUUCAAGAGAGAGCUCACGUUGUGACAGCCCUCCUCGGUCCCAGACACCUCAUGACAUUAACAAAGCUUCUGAGAUGGAGAGUCACAGCAGUGGAGAAAAGAGUAGCUCUCAGUCUGAAGAAGAUUUUCUUGAAAGGAGGAGAGAAGUAGAAAGACUCUUGAAGAAAAAUUCAGAUUGGAUAUGGGAUUGGUCCAGCAGGCCUGAGAACAUCCCACCAAAGGAAUUCCUCUUUAAACACCCUCGUCGAACUGCCACUCUCAGCAUGAGAAACACCAGUGUGAUGAAGAAAGGGGGCAUAUUCUCAGCAGAGUUUUUAAAGGUUUUCCUUCCAUCUCUGCUUCUCUCUCACUUGCUUGCUAUAGGCCUAGGGAUUUACAUUGGAAGACGGUUGACAACCACAACUUCAACCAGCACAUUUUAAAAGGAUGGUGAAAUUCGGUCUCAAAGCAGCAGGGAUACCCAUCUAGGAAUACAAAACAGUGAAUCACAGAAACUUCUGAAUUUGUAAAGGUUACAUGACCUGUGUGCAUUUGUUUUGUAAAAUGUUGUGUUCCUAGUUUAGUUGUAGAGUGGGAGAAGAGACACUGAAACCAAGUUGUUAUAAAUAGAUUUUUGGAUCAAUUCAUUAAGCAUGCUUCAGACUGAUUAACAUCUACUGUAAUGUAGAAGGAGGCAUUGUUGAAAAUUGAAGCACUCAGUGUUAAGAACCUUAGCUUUUAUAUAUAGUACUGACUGUGAUGUAGCUAAUCAUCCAUCCAAAGUACUGUUUCUUUAUACUCUGUAAAAAGUAAAUAUUGCCAUUAUUCAAGUAAUCAUGACAAUCAGGGGUUAGUCCAAAAGCUGUGGCAUUACAUACAGUAUUUUGGAGAAUGUUGUUGCUUCAUUUGAGGGGACACAUCAUUUACUUAACAUGUCAUUUGUCUAUUUUACACAAAACAGACACGAAAUGUUAAGAUGCGUUAGACGCUCAGCUUCUGUAAAUUUUUUAAAGUUUAAAUUUUAAAGUAAAUUUUAAAUUGUGAAGUUUACAGUCUGGUCCACAACAAGUCUGAAUUAAAAUUUAGGUCCUCGUGCCUAAUGAAUCAUUUCCUUUUUCAGUUGCUGUUCUUAUUUUCAAAUUAAUUAAAAUUCCUGUUGCUGUGUCUUCUUGCAGAAUACAACUUUUUUUAUUUUCAAUUUGUGAAAAAGAGGGAAAUGAUCUAUUUCCCUUUUCAGCUGGUUUUGUUCCUAUAUGGAUCUAAAGCAGACAGCAUGUUUGUUUCUGUGUUUGUUUGUACUUAUAGAACCUGUUUUAAUUCGGGUGUUUUAUCUUCAUUUAGUGAAAUGGACAAAAACAAUCUUUGCCAUAUUCUUUGGAGGAUUUAUGUAUUUAAAUAAAAUAUUUUCUUGUGGAUUCAGAAUGGGUUCACCAUCUUCUUUUUCCCCAGUGUUGAAAAAUAAUUUCUGAAAGCUGAAUCUUUGAUAGUGUCAAGGUUAUUUUUAUGGUAUGUGCUGUUCUUUUAAAUACUUUGCAGAUAUUUACAUCUAAUUAAUCAGUAUUGAAAGAAAAAAAAAAGUAAAAUUUAUAAUCAUAGAAAGUAAAGGUUGGAAGGGACCUCAGGAGGUCAUCUAGUCCAACCUCCAUAAUGUAGAAUGAACACACGCUGUCUGAACCAGCACAAUACACGUGGCUUUCAUCUGUUUGCAGUAUCAUCAUUUAAAAAUAAAUUUGUUUUUUACUUUGGUUUUAUCAUUUUGGGGGGAAGUCAGGACUUUUUUUGUACUUGGAAUGGAACUGAAAUUAAUAUGGCUUUUUGUAAUGCCUCCAUUCAUGAAUUAACAGUGAGCACCCUAUAAUAUAAUAGUGUUCAUGCUGUACCCUUGAUGGGGUAUCACAUCUAGGGGAAUAGUCUACUGCUGCAAAGGAAAACAGUGAUAUUAAACCCCUGGGACAAAUACUGCAGUUACACACAUGCUUAACCUUCCUUAUGAGUAGUCUGGUUGAGGUCAUUGGAACUCAUCAACUGUAUGAAGUCAAGCACGUGCAGUACUAGGAGAAUGAGGGCCUAAUGUUGUACUGCAUUUCUUUACAUUUUAUUAAUCUUCUCAACAGGAGAUUCAUCAGAUUUCUUUGGCUUCUAAAUAGCCUUUCCCAUCAAAAAGUAAAUUGUUGAAAAUAGAUGCAACUGAGAACCUAAAACCUGACACAAUUUCAUUAAUUAUUAAAACCCCAGUUGAGGUUUUUGAAAGGGAGUGCCAGUACCCCUAAGGUAAUUCCAAAGCCUAAGUUAGGAUAGAAUUAAACCACUUCUUUUUAUUACCCUGACCCUAACUUACUGAGGAUACU